AUGAGCAAAGCUCACCCUCCUGAGUUGAAAAAAUUUACGGACAAGAAAUUACCAUUGAAAUUAAAUGGUGGCAGACGUGGCCAAGGAAUAUUGCGGGGCUUCGAUCCCUUUAUGAAUCUUGUGAUGGAUGAAUGUGUGGAGAUGGCAACUAGUGGGCAAGAGAACGAUAUUGGAAUGGUGGUAAUGCCAGGAAAUCGUAUCAUCCUGUUAGAAGCCUUGGAACGAGUAUAA